CUGGAUCAGGUAUCUGGACAUGUAAAUGUUUAUUUACAAAAUCAUCAUAAUUUAAUACUAUCGUCUUGUGAUAUUUGUUGUUUAAAUCAAAAUAGACGCCUUUUUAUUAAUCCAUAUAUAAUAAUUUGUUGUCAGCAUGGUUUGGAUGGAAUCUUGUUGGUCCCCUUGUAUAUGGACAAAUUCUGUAAAAACAGGCAGUUACGCCGUAGCUGCUUACACCGUAGCUAUAUGUGUAGUUCUGAUCACGAUGACUGUCUACAUGCUAACAGGAGGAGACUCUUCUCAAUUAUACAGCCCUCUAUUUGAAACUGAUAUUCGCGACUCUAUGCAGGUAGUUGGAGGUUUCUUCAUAGCAUAUUUUUUAUUGUUGAUAUUGUCAGCAAUCGGAAUAUGCUAUUCUCUAAAAACAACUACUCGAGGAUGGAUGCUGCCUUGGUUAACGCUUUUCGGUGUGGCCAUUCUGUUCCAAUUCGUAUUCGGACUGUGGUUAAUUGGUGGAUACUAUAUUUAUCUGCAACAAACACUUUCUGCCUUAAUUUUAUGGGUUUGGAUGACUUAUAAUAUUUACUGUUGGAUGUGCGUUUAUUCGCAAUAUCAAAUAUUUGUCGAAAUGCAAUCGCCAAAUAUCGAGCUAUUAAUGCCUUAAAUUCAGACAAUUUUAGUAAUUUUUAUAUAUAGAAUAUAAAAUAUUUUAGAACUACAUCUGAUAAGGAAUCUCGAGAGCAUUUGUAGUACAGCAUUCCGCACAAUAUUUUAGAAUAUUAUUCACGUACUGCGAAUUGUCAUUAAAACUUUGAUCAAACAAAUAACGCUAAUGUUGACCGUCCAUGAAAUAUAAGACAAUAUAUUUUGGAAUUGUUGUUCACUUAA